AUGGUCGGUUUUAAAAUCUCUUCGAAUUGUUCAGAGGAGACACAAUUAGAAACACAUGAAAAUCUGAUAAUUAUUGUCGAAAUGGUUUUGUGUUGGGAAUGCCCUGCUUUUUUAAUGGCUGUGGCACCAUGGUGUCGUGAUUGUAAGCGACAGCAAAUAGCAUGCGUUCGUGUGGCAGUGACAGAGCAGUGGACACCAAAUUUUUCUCUGCGCUUUGAUUUGGAGGUGCUUGCGACAGAAGAAGAUGACAAGACGUCGGUUCUGUAUUUGAUGCGACUUGUUAAUCAGCGUCAGAUAUUGCGUACUUUGGAGUUCACACUUAUUGGCGCUGGAUCAACAAAACAACGACCACAAGGGAUACGAGAAGAUGACGGUAUUCUAGACGAAAGGUUGAAAUUGUGGCUAGAGGGUGAUGGACAUAUACCGGCACCAUCCAAAGAAGAUCUAGUGAGAUGGUUACUCACCUGGAUGGUUCUGGUUCCAGUUGCAGCAGAAGGUGAGAGCAGUAAUGAUACUGAAUGGUAUGUGCUAUUGUGUGGCGAGAAAGGCUUGGAGGAUUGGAUUGAUGAUGAAGAGGAAAAUGUGUUUAGCAACGAAGUUUGCGACGCGAGCGAUUUCGAACACGUUUGCAGAAAUGGUAACGACGUGGAUGACGAUUGUGAAGAUGGGGAGCGUGGAACAGAGAGCGAAGAGGAUGAUAUGCCUCCACCGUACGAAGGCCUUGAAACAAAUUGUUUUGAAAAGAUACUUUACAAAGGUAGACAGGAAUCGGAUUUGAAACAAGUACAAGUGAAUGCGCGAUCAAAUGUGCGAAGUAGCAAAGCCAUUGAUGUUUACGAAAGUUUGAAAGAGACACGCGAUCUAGUUGAUGAGCAAAGCGUGAAAAGGUCGAUAUGCAGCAGUAGCCAAGAUUUUGUUAAACCUUCAGCAGCAUCAAUACGAGCUGAACAAUACGAAAAGGUAGUUUUCAAACCGACCAUUGUCCAAUUAAGUUACCGGAUUAAGACAGAGAAUCUGAAUGAAGAGUACUCGGAUGAUCAGAGAUUUUAUUAUAAAGAACUUGGCACAUUGCAUCGUAAUGUACGAAUGAUGAAAAAGCAGCAAGACAAAGUCGAAAAGCUUUCAAAUUUGCAUCGAAUCCAAUUAUUGAACGAAUCGGCACGAAAGAUGCGUGCGAUUGAACAAAGCAAUCAUAAGGCUCAAGUUGCUCGACGUCUAAUUGCAGACGAGCGAGAGUAUCGGGAUGAGAUGAAUGUAAUUGAAAUGCGACUGAAGAAAGCUUCUAUCGCACUUAAACGUGACCGAGAGCGUAUCAAACGUCACAGUCGUAUUGCAUUAGUCAAUACUACUAAAACUUUGAAUGGUACUGUUCAAGUGAAGCCUGCAUUACAGAAAGAGAUGGAGUCAGCACUUGGAGCUUUGCGUAAAGGUAGCACCGUGUAUGAUCAUGACGGAUGCCGACGCAAUGUUGAAAGAACAGGUUUAACUGCAAAAGAGAGUGCUUUAAGGAGUGCAAUGCGUAAGGUUCGACUUUUAGCUUCGAAGUCUAAAAAGGGUGUUACAUCUCGAGAUCUUGAUCCUCAACGUGAUGGAAAAUUCAGUCAUCGUCAAUCCAACAAAAUGCUGCGCGAUGAGAAUCUUUUUGAACAAGUCGAAGACCAGGCCUUGCCGGCUGACGAAAGCUUGACUGUUGACAGAAAGAUCCAGGAUCUGCUUGGGAUCUCUUCUAACCCGAAAACAUUUUUCAACGCCAACAUAUCCGGUCCCGAAAUGAGACAAAUAUUCUCGAAGUACGACCCAAGUAGCUGCGGAAUGGUAUCGCUAAAGGAUUUUCAAUUAGUUCUCGAUCAUCUCGGCGUCAAUCACAAUGACCCUGAUUUAAAGCUGCUCAUCUUAAAGUUUCAUGCUGUCAAAGACGGGUAUAUUGAUUACAAAAAGUUUCUCGCCCAUGUGAAUCUAUCAGAUACCGGCGACGAGCCGACGUCUAUCACCGGCAACAGUUUUCAGUCUGCAGAUCACAUCAAUUUGCUAGCUAGCAAUGCUCAAAACACAUCUCCAAGAACAUCUCGUAUUUUAUCGGAGCUACAGAAUAUCUCAUCCACACAAGCAGAACUUCGUCGUCGUUUUAAUAUCAAUUGA